AUGUUAGCAUGGUAUAUAUUUACUAGUAUGGGUUUUUAUCCACUAGCCAGUUCAUCAACAUAUCUUAUUGAUAGUUCUGUAUUUGAUCGUAUUACAAUUCGUCGUAAUAAUGGACAAUGUAUACUUACAAUUAUUGUUCACAAUAAUUCAAUAGAAAUUAUCUAUGUUGAACGUGUUUUACUCAAUGGUAAAAUUCUAUCAAUAUUUCCUUUUAUCGAUCAUAUCAAUCAUCUUCAAUGUUCUACCGAAUCAUCAACCGUACAACUUGAAUUUUUCCUGUCAUCUGCACCAUCAUCAAUUGACAAUUAA